GACUCGUGACUAGUAAGCGCCCUCGAUUCACUUAUCUACUUAAGUAUUGACUUACCAACCAAGUAGCUAGAUGAGUCUUUGAUAUCUUGAUAUGCUACUUAUUAGGUAGGUAUCUGAUUGAGUUGGAUCGAGGUGUGUCUACUUGAAAAGUAUCUAGCCAACACACCAAUGACACCACCCCACCAACGAGAUACCAACAGAACUGCAUAGAUCCUCCUCUUCUUGCCGUUUCUUAUUGCAUCGUUUCUUUCAUAUCUUUGCUCUGGUUGUAUCCUUGAAUCCUAGAAUUUUGCAACAUGUUUGUUUGAUUGUUCGUUGGCCAUCGCCAAGUAACUUCAAGUUCGAGAAACAACUGUAGGAUCAAUGUAGCCUCAAGAGUUAGAGCACUUUGACAAUAUAUGUUGUUUCCCUCAUCCCCUUCAUCUCCUUCGUCUUUUUGUUUUCACUCAAACCCGUUGGUUUUGUGGCAAGCUUACCACCCAAUUAUAGAAACAUACACCUCCUAAGCCCUCAAGCGCGUAAAUCCUUCAACUCCCAUUCAACGAGGGUCUGCGGACAGGCUGACACUAUUCUUGGCACGUCCUCAUAAAGCCACAUCAUGCCUCCCCGGAAAAUUAGAGUUGCAUUCUGAUGGUUCAUUCGCUUUGUUAUUAGUAUGGCAUAGAUAUUUUCUUUUUUGGUUGCGUUGCUCAAUACCCUUGCUUUAUCCAUUUCUCCACGAUCCUUAUACCCUUGCCUCAAUUAGCCACUCCUUUCAUCUUUCUAGAAUGUCUUAUUCAUUUGCUUUCGAUGAUGCCCCACAAGUUCUGAAUCUCUUUUCCGAAUGGUUAUGUUGGUGUAUGCUUUGGGCUGGUAUCAAAGUCUAUUCGCUCAUUUCCCGAAAGAAAACACCUUAUGUCCGAGGAGAUGAUUUCGAGGAAGAAUCAACAAGUCUUGCAUUUUUCAUCGUUACAUCUAGUGUCUGUGCAUCUCUUGUUGAAGUGAAUUGGAUACUGCCGUUCCUUACUCCAACGCUCUACUUUGUCACUCGGAAUAAUGAUUCCGGUCAUCAUGUUCUUCCUAGCAAUUCCAAAUCCGAAGAAUCAGAAUACCCAACCAAUUAUGGCCACAAUCUAAUAUUUUAUAUUCUUGUCGCCAUUUCAACUAGUGUUCUCUUUCUCCCCUUAGCAUACAACCCUAUCACUAUCGGUUUGGGCCUCAUUUUCCUCAUCUGCCAGACGACCAUCUAUUCACGUCUAAACUCGCCCUCUAGUACCUGUGAUGAAGUCCCUUCCGUGCAUCAGCUCUUUUUGGACCUGGAAGGGACAUGCUGCUGGGUAGUUUGCUUCCUAACUGUUAUACUCCUGGUUUCACAGCAACAAAGUCCCGGAAUUUUCAGUCUCUCGAUUUGCAGUAUCUCCAAGGCAUUCUUGUGGGCGGCUGUCAUAAUCCUUUGCAAUGGAGGCUAUGCUUGUACCUUGACUCUCGUGUCUACCUUUGGACUCUCUACCAUAUACAUACACGUACUUCCUUCUUCAGCUUUAGCCGUACUUUCGUGUCUUUCUGCGCUUCUUGUUCUAACUCAUUUGAUAUCCACCUUGCCACGGAAAUGUUCUACACGUCCGAUUUUAGGCUUUUUCGCUAUUUUCCCCAUCAUUGCGCUUCUCUUGCAUUUUGGAAUCCCUGAGACAAUUGAAGCCUUUUCCAAACUAGUGAAUGGGUUGCUUUCCCAGACUCGCUGCGCAAAUAACCAGGACACUCUGGGUAAUGCUACCGAUAUUGUUCAGGCAAUUAUGGACGAGCCUUCUCGACUUGUGGCAGAAUUCGGUCCUAGAGAUGAACUAAAAUCGUGGCUAGAUGCCAUAAUUAGAUUUUCGAAGUCGUGUACAGCUCCUACUGCUGUGACUGUCGAGUUACGAUAGCAUUUGUACACUUUAUUGUUUCCUUAUAACAGAAAUUUAUUACAUAUUCUGCACAAAUUCACAUCAUCAUCAUAGAUAUAGAUUAUAGACAGCAUUACAGUUGACAUCGAAAUAAAUUUUCGAAGGGAAGGAUAGAAUGUCACAAAAUAUAUAAAUAUGUUUUUCAUCACA